UUCCUGGAAUCCGUUCCUCUUUUGCCUUUGUUUUUCUUUCAUUGUUUUAAGCUUUCUUCGUUUGUUUUCAAUCUAUGAGGACGCUUUGUCCCAAUUAUGACAGGGAAGAUGGACUCGAAACAGUCCUUGAGGUCCCUAUACCGGAAGAAAUGUUCGUCAAAAUGGGCAGCACAGCCACUUUACGGUGGGCGAAUUUGCGGAAUUUGAUGAAAGCUCAAUCCCAUUCUUCGGAUAGGUCAUCUUACCUCCAGGCUAAAUCAAAUAACGAGUUCAUGGCAUUACUCAAACUUGUUGGCUCUCCUCUCAUCUCUUUUCAGGUUCAAUUGGAUAGCCCCUUCAGCCGCCCCAUUAAAGAUGCUAGCAUCGAGGCUUCAACGGCGAAAUAUAUUGUACAGCAAUAUGUAGCGGCAACAGGAGGACAUGCAGCAUAUAACACGGUGAGUAGCAUGUAUGCGGUGGGGCAGGUGAAGAUGCAAGGUUCAGAAAUGCAUCAGGGUGAUGAUAGUGUCCACGCAAGAGGCAAUUGUGAGGCUGGCGGGUUCGUGCUGUGGCAAAAAAACCCUGACCUGUGGUGCCUUGAGCUUGUUGUUGCUGGUUUUAAGGUAAGUGCGGGAAGUAAUGGCAAGGUUGCUUGGAACCAAUCUUCUUCUCAACCAAAUCACGCCCAUCGAGGCCCUGCUCGACCUCUCCGUCGCUUCUUUCAGGGAUUGGAUCCCAGAUGCACAGCCCACUUAUUCUUAGAUGCGGUCUGCAUUGGCGAGGAGAUGAUCGACAAUGAAGCUUGUUUCGUGCUCAAAAUUGAGUCACCUGCGCACGUUCUCAAAGCGCAAAAUUCAGCCAACACUGAGAUUGUUCACCACACAGUUUGGGGUUACUUCAGCCAAAGAACUGGGCUGCUAAUCAAAUUCGAGGACACAAAGUUAGUGAGAAUGAAGACUGUCAAAGGAAAUGAUCAUGUAUUCUGGGAGACGAGCAUGGCAUCCACCAUUGAUGAUUACAGGUAUGUUGAGUCUCUCAAUAUAGCACAUGCGGGAAAGACUGUCACCACGCUUUACAGGUAUGGAGGGGCACAUAAUCAUAAGAGGAAGAUUGAAGAGAGUUGGAAGAUUGAAGAUAUGGAUUUCAAUAUAUGGGGAUUGACCUCUGAAACCUUUCUUCCUCCUGCUGAAGUCAAAAGAGAACAACAGGCUGCCGAGCAUUCUGUGACCUGA